GAAAAUGAUGAAGAGUACCCAACUCGCCUAGACACAAGAUUGGAGUCUUGUCGACUUGGCAAUUGACCAUGAAUAUCCUUUCUGUUCUACUCCCUAAAGCACGUCGACGUCGACAUGAAGCUACGCAAGGCCUUGGUUGGCUCUUCAGUCGGAAAAUAUGCACUAGUUGACAACGCAGAAGUUCCGGCGGUGAAGCCGAGUAUGAUGCUAUGUAGGGUUGCUGCCGUGGCGGUAAACCCGGCCGACGCCAAAAUGAUCGACUAUUCCCCAUCACACGGCUCGAUAGGCGGUUGCGACUUUGCGGGGGAAGUCGUCGAGAUUGGGACGAACAUAACGAGGUUUAAGACGGGGGACCGUGUCUUCGGCCUCGCGUUUGGCCUCAAUCCGGAUGACAAGAAUACAGGAGCAUUUUCCGAGUAUACGUUGGCAACUGAAGAUCUCACUUAUCAUAUGCCAGCAUGGAUGACAUUCGAGGAAGCAUCAACGUUUCCUACCGCUGUCGGAACGGGAUGCUGUUCGUUGUACAGCAUUAUGGGAUUACCAAUGCCUGAUGAUCCUGCAAAGGCGCCAUUUUAUGUCUUAGUGUCGGGUGGCGCGACCGCCUCUGGACUUAUGGCUAUUCAACUACUAAAAUUAUCAGGCCUAAAGCCAAUCGCCACUUGUUCCCCAGGCAGCAUGGAGAAAGUGAAGUCAGCAGGUGCGAUUAAAACCUUUGACUAUCAUUCUCCAAGUUGUGGGAUGGAAAUUCGGAAUUACACCAAGAAUUCUUUAGAAUACGCUCUCGAUUGUAUCACCACCCCAGAGACCAUGAGUAUGUGCUAUGAGGCAAUCAGAACGUCGGGAGGCAGGUAUACAGCGCUAGAUCCACCUUCAAUUCGUGUGAAAUACACCCGGAGAGACGUGUACGCGGAUUGGGUAUUGGCUUUCACAUUAUUUGGCGAUCCUGUGAAAUUUCCUGGUUUAUUUGGCAGGCCAGCCACAUCCCUGGACCGCCAGCUAGCGAGAAAAUUUGCCCCGACGGUAGAGCGUUUGGUAGAAGAGGGGUUACUCAAACCACCCGAGUUGACAGUCAGGGGAGGAGGUUUAGAGGCACUCGAAGUUGGAAUUGAUGAUGUUCGCAAAGGUCUUGUACGGGGAUCCAAAUUGGUUUAUCCCUUGGCGUAAUAGACAAUGUAUUUAGUUAAGCGUGAUGCCUCACGAAUGGUUAAUGUAACAUCAGUGUUCCUGAAGCUAAGAAAAUUGCCAGGAUAGG